ACAGACGCUGAAGCAAGGUGAAGGUAAACUUUCUGAACUCGAAGAACGUCUUUUUGAGAGCAUAGACUCCACCAAAUUGAAGAAGAGAAUGAGCAGCGUGCUUGCAAAGUUACCAGACAUCAAUGCAGAAGCACCCGACAAAGGCUUUCCGGAGCUUGUGAAAGAAAUAGAGGACAGCGUUUCGUCUGGAAAGACGACUACGAACUCACAGCACAAGAUUGUUCCAGACUACGGGGGUGUCCACUUGUCCAUAAUCAAGGGUUUCGAAGCCGUGACUAUCAUAUCCGGCAUCAACGAACCGUUUGGAAGCAAGAAGGCUUCAGUACCAGGCCUUAUCAUGAACAACUACAUGAGCGCGUUCGCAACGACAGCCGGUGUCCCAAAUGCACUGAAAAGCGGCAGCCAGCCCAGGACAUCCAUGGUCGCCGUGUUCGCCAAGCACAAAGACGAGCGAGUCCUCCGCAUGCAGGCGGGGGCCGGAGGAGGAUUACCUGGAAUGUGGGCUUUGGCUGAGGUCCUAAACUGCAUCUAUGAUCACAAUGUUUCUUCCUGCGUCCGGUCGGGGACUCGAACCCUUCCCACACCUGCCAUGACCUCAGACAAGGAUCCCGACAUUGAGCCCACGGCGAGUGGAAUAUUCGCCAAGCAGCCCCUCGUGUCCUGGCUCGCCCCGAACGACAAUGUGCACUGCGAUGGCACCAGUGACGGUGUGAAAGCAACUCUGGCGAUGAAGUUGGACUACUGCAAGAGGACCGAAAAUUGCGGCAUAUAGUGCCUGUAAUACAAAUACCAUGCUACAAAGGCGCAAAAAUAAAAUAACAGAGAGAGAGAAAGAGAG